CCUUCUUCCUCUCCUCUCUUCCCUCUACCUUAACACAAUUCAAUGAAGCCUGAACCUGCUCAGAAACGCUCCCCACCUUCAACCAUGUCUUCUUCUUCCUCUUCUCUCAUCACCACCCUUGCUGAUCCUAUCAAUAACCCUUCACACCCUCCUCAGUUAAGACCUCCUCGCCGUCGUUUUCCCUCUCACCAACUUCCUGAGAUAGGCCUCAAAACUCCUAUGGUUAGGCCUUAUGUCCGAUCAAAAAUGCCCAGGCUUCGUUGGACACCAGAUCUCCAUCGUUGCUUCGUGCAUGCAGUUCAGAGACUUGGAGGAGAAGACAGGGCCACACCAAAGUUGGUCUUACAGCUGAUGAAUGUAAAGGGGCUUACCAUAUCUCAUGUCAAAAGUCAUCUUCAGAUGUACAGGAGCAUGAGGCACGAACAGAUGAGUGAAGGUGCCAGGAAAAAUGAUGUGGCUCCGGAGUUUCUAGCUUCCACAUUCUCAACUCUUGGCCCAAGAUACACCCAACAGAAUCCUCACCAAAGAAGCUGCACGGAAGCGCUUGUUCCCAACCAUGCUCAAUGGAAUGAUUGUGAGGAAGGGUGUUACAGUGGAAAGCAUGGGGGUAAAUCGAUUAAUGAAGAGAAGAUGCAGUCCUACAUCAUCUUCGAGGGUAUUCUGAGUGGCCAGACUGUGGAUGAGAAUAAAACUGGUCCUGAAAAGGUGUCACUAGGGGGUGCCACCGGAUACAAAAGCGACCAUGAAAGAUUCCAAGACAGAACUACUACUGCCAUAGGAGGAGGCACACUGUCCUUAUCAAUGACCUCCAGGGCUACUUCACAUUCAUUCUUCAAUCGCAGCCACACUGGUCCAGAUGCCAAUGAUGUCUCUCUUGAGCUCACGCUCUCUUAGAAUCAUGCACAUAAUAAUAACAUUCUACCUUUCUCAUUUACAACUACAUUACAAACGCUGCAUCACCAUCACUUUUCAAACAACACAACAACACUGCUAUCGAGUGCUCUUCCGACAUUCAUUAACAAAUUUUAAAUAUUUUCAUAAAAACAAUAUUAUCUUUUUUAUUUUUUAAUUUCUUAAUCAAUGUCUCUCAAACACUCGGUAGCAGCGGAACUUGUAAUGCUAUCAAUUCGGAUCAUUUUCUCAUCACAGCUACUUUC